AUGUGCAACACCACCAGAGUCUCCAUCAAAGACCUCCCCAAACUCUCGCUCCUCCACGCCCUCUGGCAGAACUCGCCACCCGCCAUCUGGUACAAAAACAACGACAUUGCACCACCAUCAUGGGGCACGGAAGAAGCACUGGAUCGGGCCCUGAGCCGUAACUGGCACGUCGAUUAUAUCGUGGGCAGAGUCAUCAAAUCGGAUCUAUCGGGCGAAGAAGUCGACCCGUCGGGGUAUGAUCGCGAUAAUGGCAAGGGUGCAUUUGCAGAGGUUGUUCGGAAACUUCGAGAGCAGGGACAGGCUGGAGAAGACAAGGAGAGUGAGGCUCGUACUGAGACUGGGAGUGAUGAUGAAGUGAAACACGGAGAAGAGAAUGUGGACGAGUUGGAUGCGAUUUCUGGUUGGAAUGGUUAG